UGGAAUGGUUGCCUUCGUGACUGGCGUUCUCGCUAGCGUGUCCCUGACUUCCCCACCUCUGCUCGCUGCCUAAGUCGCUCUCACCGCCGCAGCCCGUCUCUCUUACACCCAACCUCCGCCACCCACAUACACCCUGCUCACCUAUAUCUGCACCAACUCCCUGCCAACCCCACCACAGCAAACCACACCAGUCUUAUCGUCGCCAACAUGCGCUCCAAGUUCAAGGACGAGCACCCGUUCGAGAAGCGCAAGGCCGAGGCAGAGCGCAUCCGCCAGAAGUACAACGACCGCAUUCCAGUCAUCUGCGAAAAGGUCGAGAAGUCUGAUAUCGCGACCAUCGACAAGAAGAAGUACCUGGUGCCCGCGGACCUGACGGUCGGCCAGUUCGUCUACGUGAUCCGCAAGCGCAUCAAGCUGUCGCCCGAGAAGGCCAUCUUCAUCUUCGUCGAUGAGGUGCUGCCACCCACCGCCGCGCUGAUGAGCUCGAUAUACGAGGAGCACAAGGAUGAGGACGGCUUCUUGUACAUCACCUACUCCGGCGAGAACACGUUCGGCGAGGCGAUCUAAACAGCGAGUCUCCUAUAUCCCGUCGCUUUCCUUUAUCUAUCUAGUCAUCGAGGACACGAUGAACUGACGGCGUUUUCGGAUUCAUGCUGGUUUCAUCCUAUUCCCUACGAUAACACUCCACGGCUUGGGCGACUCAGGAAUACUCAGGCGAGCGAGGUGUUUUGGUCUCAGUAUGUAGUGCAAGGCAACCAUCUUC